AGGUUAGGGGAGGAGAAGUGGAGGUUUCAGGCAGAGAUGUUAAGAGCAGAGUGUAAUUUCUUAAGAAUGGAAAGAGAGUUUGCUCUGAAGAAAUUGGAAAGGAAUAGAGUUAAAAUGGAGAAGACUCUCAGAUCAGCUGUUCAGACUCUCAUUUCUGGGAAAAAGAAGAUUUUUGAAGGAAAGAAUGUGAAUGCAGUAUUGGAAGAAGAGAUUGAAGAUUUGGCAGAAAAACUUGAGGAGUUAAAGAAGAGUUGUAAAAGUAAAGAUGUUGAAGUGAGACAUUGCAGUAAUUUUGAUAAAAAAGCAUGCCUUUUACAGAAAAGGUUAGAGAAGCUUGGUGGUUUAACAGAUGAAAAAACUCUCAAAGAAUUACAACAAUUGGCUCAUCAAUCAAACAAUGAACUUGACAAAGAAAGUUGUGCUUCAAGUGGCAAUGACAAAAGCAAUAAUACACCAACUGAUGUGGAGGUUCUAAGGAAGAAAAUGGAAGGAUUGUCAAAGGGUAUGUUAGAUAGAAUGGAGGAAGAAUAUGGGGCAAUACUUUCUACCACAGCAAACAGUUCUGUUGCCAGUUCUGCUUCAACUUCCAAGAGAAUUGACUCUUCCACAUCAACUUUUUCUACUAGACAACCAUCUCAGGAGUUGAUGCCACUUGACGAGAACAAAUGCUCAGGGCGUUGCAAGGUUAUAGUCCGAAGAAUCGUAGAACAAGUGAGAGCUGAAACUGAGCAAUGGUCACAAAUGCAAGAAAUGCUGCAGCAAGUCAGGGGUGAAAUGGAAGAACUGCAGGCUUCUCGCGAUUUCUGGGAAAAUCGUGCUCUUAAUUUUGCUCAUGAAAUCCAGUCUUUAAAGUCCUCAGUGGAGGAAUGGAAAGAGAAAGCACAGGCAUUUGAAACCAAUGCAAAUGAGUUGCAGUGUCAAUUAUCUGCAACAAAAGAGGAGCUAGAAAAAUCAAGGACAAAGAAAGCUAUAACACAAGAUCAGAGGGAGGUAACAUCUACUCCAAAUUCGCCUCUGGUGUCAUUAGCCAAACAAAUGGAGAAGGAAAAACGCGUGCUGGUUUGUCGGUUGAAAGAAGAAAAUGCCAAUCAAAAGCUGCAAAAACAAAGAGGUAUGGAAGCAAUCACAACGAAAGAUUUGGCGCCUGUUUCUUUAGGGAAACAACUAGAGAAGGAAAGUCGCAUGUUUAUGCAUCGUCUGAAGGAAAAUCGUGGAGCCAAAGAUAGGAGUUGUAAGCCGGAACUUUCGCCUGUUGGGAGAAGAAAAGAACAUUCAUGUAGCAAAGAAUCAGGAGUACAGAAAAGGCUACCAUUUAGAGAUAUUGGGAAUUCAUCAUCUCCAUUACUAGUGAGGCAAAAUAGUAAAGCAGUUUACCCUUUGCACAGCCCUGAGACAAGACAUGCAAAUCAAAGGUUGUGAAAGUAAGGCAAAUGACUUCUUUGUCUUAGCAGUUUUUGUCAUGUUAUUGUCUGCCUUAGUAAAACUUUGCUUAGUAUUGAGUGGUGCAAGCCUUUUGUAGAGCAGACAAUUUUGGGAAAUAAUAACGGCAUCUUUAUUUGCUCA